GAUAUUGUGCAGAUUAUCUCCCCCUGCAACCAGUACAACAAGAACCAGAUCUUACUGCAGGUUCUGUCACAGUCAGGUGUGGGGGAUCGCAACAACAGCGCAGCCAAGGCGAUCAUCUUCUGCUCAACGAAGCGGAUGCUGCUCAGCCUGGUGGAUUCAGUGGAUUUGUCACAAUUUCAU